AUGGUAUCACCCUUGCGCCCGGGACCGGGUCACCAGAAUACUCAGAGAUUCGACGAGAAGGGUAUUUCUCACCUGAGUGCUACCGGCUCCACGGACGAGGAAGCCAACAUUCCGGCCAGCGACCAUGAACUUGCCGCGAAGUUGCCUGUGCCUUCCAGACUGAGAGAUGUCAACAACCGAAUAGAAAACUUGGCCGGCUUUGAAGCCCGUGGUAUUACACGGGUACUUCCCGAGGAGCGUCAACCUCCCUCAUGGUCCAGCGAUCUCCAAGUGGCCAUCAUGUGGUACAGCGCCAAUAUUUCUCUAAACAAUCUUGCUGUCGCCAUGCUGGGGCCUUUGGCUUUUGAAUUGGGGUUUUUGGAUUGUGCCAUGUGUGCUGUAUUCGGGGCCUUUGUUGGCAGUUUAACUACAGCGUACAUGAGUAUUUGGGGUCCUCAAAGUGGAAACCGGACAAUGGUUGUUUUGCGAUUCUUUAUGGGCUACUGGCCAUCCAAGAUUCUGUGCUUCCUCAAUAUCAUUCUCAUGAUUGGUUACGCGACCAUUGAUGGCAUCAUCGGAGGACAAGUCUUGUCAGCUGUUAGUGGCGGCAAGAUGACCAUCAUUGUCGGAAUCAUCGUGGUGAGCGUGGUUUGCUGGGUGGUUGCAGUUUUUGGCAUGGCUCUGUUUCACAAGUACGAGCGAUACUCGUGGCUUCCUCAAACUAUUGCCCUAUUCAUUCUUAUCGGUGUCGCUGGGCCCUAUUUCGACGCCUCAACUCCCUCCAAGAACAGCGGCGCUCUCCUCGCCGCCCAACGCCUCUCCUUCUUCAACAUCUGCCUGUACGUGCCCAACUCGUGGGCCGGCGCGGCCUCUGACUUUUACGUCUACUACCCGGAAAAGACCUCAAAGCGCAAGAUCUUCCUCCUCACACUCACCGGCAUCUGGACUGCCUUUACCUUUGUCUACCUCAUUGCCAUUGGUCUCGGAACCGGCGUUGCCAACAGCCCUGCCUGGGCCGAGGCCAACGGCGUCAGCUCAGGCGCUCUCAUUGUUGCCGGAUACGAACCUCUCAAGGGUUUUGGAAGGUUUUGUUCUGUUGUCGUGUCGCUGGGGGUCAUUGCCAACAGCAUUCCGAGUACCUACUCUGCCGCUCUUGGUGUCCAGGUCCUCGGUCGCUAUUUCAAGGUUGUGCCCCGAUAUGUUUGGUCGACGGUCAUCAUUCUGAUUGAAUUCGUGCUGGCCGUUGCCGGCCGCGACCAGCUCUUUACGAUUUUCCAGAAUUUUUGUGCCCUAAUGGGCUACUGGGCAAUGAUCAUGUUCUUCGUUGUGCUCAUGGAGCACCUCAUGUUCCGCGGCCGCAGGGGAUUCGACUGGUCUCGAUGGGAGGACAAAGAAUACCAGCCGCUGGGCCUUGCUGCACUGGCAAGUUUCUUGGUCGGGUGGGCUGGCGCGGUACUUGGCAUGGCUCAGGCGUGGUAUACUGGUCCCAUUGCGAAAUUGGCCCAAGGCGGCGAUGUUGGAUUAUGGAUUGCUUGUGGUUUUACGAUUAUUUCGUUUCCGCCGCUGCGAGCUUUGGAGCUGAAGGUUUUCGGACGAUAA